CAACUUUUCGAGCCUAGCUCGAACAUAUUCUGCCCAAAGCUACCUACCUAUCUACCUAGCUAGCUCCUGAUCGAUACUCGGUCGGCUUAUUGUUCUUUUUUCUGUCUUAUCGACCGAAUGUCCAUUUCGCUCUUGGUACAAGAUCACAAGUUUGUUCGCUAGACCCUUCGACCCGUCAAAAGACUGCUACGCUCGCAAGCCGUCCCAGAAGCCCAUCAUGGCCGCCGACUACCCCAUUGUCGACUCGCACAUCCACCUCUACCCGGAAACGGAGAUCGAGACUCUCGCUUGGGCGAAGCCGGGCAACCCUAUCGCGACGCAGCGCUCCGUCUCCGACUAUGUCGCCGCCACCGGCUCGCCAUCGAACCUCAAGGGCUUCAUCUUCCUCGAAACGGACCGCAAACACGACCUCGAGUUGGGCGCCCGCGACGCCUCUGGAUGGGAUUUCCCGCUCAUGGAGGUCGCCUGGCUUCGCCGCAUCGCCGAGGGCAAACCCCGCGACGGCGAGGGUCACACACCCGACCAGAGCAGCCUGUGUCUCGGCAUCGUCCCCUGGGCCCCGCUGCCCUCGGGCCCCGCUGCCAUGGAGAAGUACCUCGACCACGUCAAGGACGUCGCCGGCGAGAACGUCUGGCCCAAGAUCAGGGGUUUUCGCUACCUGCUGCAGGACAAGCCCCACGGAACCGGCCUGACGGACGACUUCAUCGCCAGCCUGAAGCUUCUGGGCAAGCGCGGCUUCGCCUUCGACCUCGGCGUCGACCAGCAUCGCCGCGGUAACAAGCAGCUCGAUGAGGCGUUGGAGAUCAUCUCCCGCGCUCACGAAGGCGUCCCUGAGGAGGAGAAGGUUACCUUCGUCGUCAACCACCUGUGCAAACCCGACCUCGGCAUCAUUAACACAACCGAUCCCUCUUUUGUCCACUGGCGCACCGCCAUCUACGCCCUCUCAAAGUGCUCCAACACCUACAUGAAGCUCUCGGGCGGCUUCUCCGAGAUGCCCGAUUCUCUCAAGGGCCAGGACCCCAACGCCAUCUUCGAGGCCAUCUUCCCCUGGCUCGGCGUCGUGCUCGCCACCUUCGGCACCCGCCGCACAAUGUUCGGUAGCGAUUGGCCUGUCUGCACCGUCGGCGUCGAUGAGGCAUGGCGCAAGUGGAAGCUCCUGGUCGAGCGCACGUGCUACAUGGCCACCCUUGAGCCUGAGGACCAGGCCGCCUUGUUUGGUGGAACUGCCCUCAAGGCGUACGGCAUUGAGGGCGUUUAGUUUGUAUCGAUAUUGAUUGAACCCUAUAUAUAUGAUGAUGAAAUCAUGACCUUGGGAGGUGGACCUUUGGCAUGAGGUUGACCAGCUUUUCGUGUUGAGAAAGAGAGAGAAAGUUCGCCACCGUUUUGACGACCUGAGGCCGGCGCCAGGAUGGCGUUGGCGAGGAAGGAGUAGCUUUUGCACACAGAUACCAAAAACAACAUGAUUCAUGCU